GGUAGCAAACAUGCUGGUGGUAAACGUCACCCAACCAACGUGCUUGUGCAUUGUGGCCGAGAAAUGGAUGGAACCGGCCGAGUCACAAACAAAGGAACAAUAAAAGAAGCCGGGCCUCCAAUUUGACAAACCAAGAAUUCAAUUUUGUUACAUACAGCCGAUGCUCAAAACCUGACAUGAAAUCAACGUCCCCUGGAUACAGAACUCAUUCAUAGUGAGCGAUUCUCACCUCAUUCUUGAGGCCGCGAGCCUCACAAAAAACCAAGCGCAAUUGAUCUCGUGGGCAGCCAACCUCAUAAAUAAUCAAACAUGGCGGCGCCGUGGAAUCGACCCGAUCUCAAGAGGAAGCGCGAGGCGCGCAUACAAGAACUUUUGGACAAGAGCAGCCAGCCCAAGCGGCAAAAUCAUGUGAUACCAGGGGCGACGACGGACGACAAGAUCAAAACCAUGGAACGGCUGCGGAAAAAGUACCCGGGGGCGAACGGGCUGGGCAUGUACAUCGAGGAGCCCGAGGCGUUCCCGGCGUUCCGCAACGUCAUCUACUACAAUGACGACUUUGUCGCCGUCCGGGACAUUUACCCAAAGUCGUCGGUGCACCUGCUGCUCCUGCCCCGAUCCGAGGUGCACAGCAAGAUGCACCCCGUCACGGCGCUCAGCACGGACGCCGAGUUCCUGGCAAAGGUGCGCGACGAGGCCGUCACCCUGAAGCGCAUCGUGGCCAGCGAGCUGCGGCGCAUGUACGGCGAGGAGAGCGCCUCCGAGGCCGAGCGCACGAGGGCGCUGCUUGACCCCAGCAGCGUGGAUGAGCUGCCCAAGGGGAGGGAUUGGGAGGCAGGCAUCAAGGUCGGCGUGCACGCCACCCCGAGCAUGAACCACCUGCACGUCCACUUCAUGUCUCCUGACAAUGUGGGAGGCAGCAUGAAGAAAGCGCAUCACUACAUGUCAUUCAACACCGGGUUCCUAGUCAGGCUGGAGGAGUUCCCCCUGGCAAAGGAGGACCCGCGGUGGAAAGGUGGCCAGGCAUACCUUAGCCAGCAGAUGACAUGCUGGAGGUGUCCAGAGUCGUUCACGUCCUUUGGCAAACUCAAGUCACACCUCCUACAGGAGUUUGAGGAAUGGAAAAAGGAAUGAGAAAAGAUGAAGCACAUUGGUGUUUCCCAUCGUCCGUGAAGGAACGAGGGUGCACAUCAAGCAUCACCAUCACCUAUCGUCUGGAACUGGACACAUAAUGUCUGGUAUUUGGUCAUUGGCCGACUUUUGUGCUAGCCAGUGUAACCUGUGUCUCUCUCAGAUAAAGUAGAAUAAAAGAAUCCCAAGCCAUUGCGCCUGCCAGCUCCCUAGUAAUCUUCCCAUUGCCGAAUGCCGCAUCGAAUAGAAAGUAACAGAAAUAAAACUAAAAAUCGGAAGAACAAG